GGGAGGGCCAGGCAGAAGGGGCGGGGAAUUUAGCUAGGGGCGUGCCAGGAAGGAGGGCGAGUUGCUCCAGGGGGCGGGCUGCGAACGCAGAACCAGAGCGGGGUCGGUGCGUGUGAACCUUUCGCCUGCCCAGCCGAUCGGAAACCAGGUCUUCAGUGAGAUACGCUGAAAUGGCUGAACUUGCCCAGCUAAUUGACAGCGAGGUGUUCCUGGCUUAUGCUACCUACACAACCAUUGUCCUUUUAAAAAUGAUGCUAAUGAGUGUUACAACAGCAUUCUUCAGAAUGACAAGAAAGGCAUUUAGUAACCCAGAAGAUACAGCAACGUUUGGCAAAGGUGAGAAUGCUAAGAAGUACCUGCGGACUGACCCAGACGUUGAACGUGUGCGCAGGUGCCACCUGAACGACCUUGAAAACAUUGUCCCGUUUAUUGGCAUUGGUCUGCUCUAUGCCCUGAGUGGCCCUGCUCUGUCCACAGCUUUGCUGCACUUCAGGAUCUUCGUUGGGGCUAGAAUCUUUCACACUAUUGCGUAUUUGACACCUCUCCCCCAGCCCAGCAGAGGCUUGUCUUGGGCAGCUGGGUAUGCAGUUACCAUCUCAAUGGCAUACAGGGUGCUGACAACUGGAUUGUACCUGUAACUAGAACACAGCCUCAUCACCCCCUCGACAUUCCACAUGAAGUUUCCAACAGUACACUAGAUUAAACAUGGCUAUCUUAAAUGAACUGUCAAAUCUUUGUAACAAUUUUUACAUGGUGACUAGGGCUGCAUUUUUAACAAA